AUGGCGAGAACGGUUUUUCGAGAUAAAACAUGGUCAACUUCUCUAUUACGCCAGCAAAGCCGACCAAGGAUCCGGAUGUCGUGGCAGCAUUUCCUUGAAAAAGCUGAAAUUAAUUUACACGAGUUCAAUGAAUGCGAGUUUUCUGUAUCGGUUGGAGACGUUGUAUGGUAUUUGAGGGCGGAAAACCCACACUCACGCAACUAUUGGAUAAAGGCUCUCACUAAAGAUUCUUGUGACUCAGACUAUAGCAGCAACACUACAAAGAGUCAUUCGAGGAACACUUCUCUCUCUUCACUAACACUGGGAAAUAAAUCGGAGGACCAAAACACGAUGGUAUCACGCAUUGCUGAAUUGGAGGCUUAUCGAACAAUGUAUCGUGAGCAGAUGUCUUCGAUUCGUCGGGAACUGCAACAAAUCGGCGUUCCACAAGCUAAAAUUCUGUCAAUAAAUGCAACACAUGUUGCUAUGCUUGAUAAUAUCAACCACAUAAUUCAGUUGGCCAAGAAUGAGCGUGGACCUACUGCUUCGCACAACGGUUGGAUACCGAAUACACCGGUCUCACCAUGUACACCAUCUCCUCUUCCACCUGUUGACGAUGUCGAGCCUCCUUCGCGUGAGACUACUGUGUGCCAGGAUACAGCCCCCCAAUCGGUCAACGACGUGACGAGUGAUUGUGGUGAUGAGUGGCAUGAUGCAGACGAACAUUCAUCACUUUCACUUGAUAGUGCUGAAGAGGCAAUAGAACGACGAACACCACCCGGUGUUAGAGCGGUUGUAGAAGUGGCCUCUGCUCCACACAAAUGA